GGAAUCUGAAUCUGAACCUUGUGUGGCUGACAGAGAAGCCUGCCAUGGGACUGCUGCUGCCGAUUCUCCUUGGCUUUCUUGCCGCUCUGAUUGGAGGGCUGUACCUUCUUGGGGUGUUUCGACAGCAGCGACCAGGAGAACCCCCUUUGGAUAAGGGACUCAUCCCAUGGCUGGGUCAUGUCUUAGAGUUUCGCAGGAACACAUUUAAGUUCCUAGAGAGGAUGAAGCAAAAACACGGAGAUGUGUUCACAAUACAGCUAGGAGGGCACUACUUUACAUUCCUUCAGGACCCUCUAUCGUUUGGAUCAUUUGUUAAGGAGAGUCGAGAAAAACUGGACUUUAGGAAGUUUUCUGUGCAGCUGGUGCGCAGAGUGUUUGGUUACACUGCUGUAGAGAAUGAACACACCAUUCUCCAAAUUAACAGCAACAGGCAUUUACAGGGGAAUGGACUGGAGGCAAUGACACAAUCCAUGACGAGUAAUUUGCAGAAGCUGAUGUUGCACAACAUUGGUUCACCUGCAGACCAAAGAACCUGGACGGAGGAUGGACUGUUUAUGUACAGCUACAAUAUUGUUUUUAGGGCCGGCUACUUAUCUCUGUAUGGCAAUGAGCCACACAAGUCAGAAGAAAGCGAGGAGAAAGACAGAGCUGAAUCAGAAGCCUUAUUUCACGAGUUUCGUAAAUAUGACCAACUCUUCCCCAACUUUGCUUAUGGGGUCCUGCCACCAAAGGAAAGGUUGGAAGCACAGAGGCUUCUGGGACUCUUCUGGAAAACUCUGUCAUUUCAGAAGAUGAAGACCAAGGACAACAUCAGUCGCUGGGUGUGGGACAUCCAGCAAGGCAAAAUGGAGAUGGGUAUAAAGGAGUCAAUGAUAGACAGGUACAUGUUUGUGCUUCUUUGGGCCUCUCAGGGCAACACAGGGCCUUCUUCAUUCUGGCUGCUCCUCUUCCUCAUGAAACACCCAGAAGCCAUGGCAGCAGUAAAGGAAGAGGUAAAUUCGGUUUUGAAGGAAUUUGGGCAAGAAGUCCAACUUGGUGGCCCCCUAAUCAACCUGACUCGUGAAAUGCUGAUGAAAACACCAAUCCUGGACAGUGUUGUGGAAGAGACUCUCCGACUCACUGCUGCACCCCUCCUCACCAGAGCAGUGAUUCAGGAUAUGACCCUCAAGAUGGCUGAUGGGCGGGAAUACUUCAUCCGCAAGGGUGACAGAAUGGCAGUCUUUCCUUACAUUGCCAUUCAAGUUGACCCAGAGAUCCACUCUGACCCACAUUCAUUUAAAUAUGACCGCUUUCUCAAUCCAGACGGGAGCAAGAAAACACAUUUUUACAAAGCAGGGCAGAAGGUGAAGUAUUACACCAUGCCCUGGGGGGCUGGGGUCUCCAUGUGCCCUGGGCGUUUCUUUGCCACCAAUGAGCUGAAGCAGUUUGUUUUCCUCAUGUUGGUUUAUUUUGAGUUUGAGUUGAAGAAUCCUGAUGAGAAGAUACCUGAGAUGGACUUCAGUCGAUGGGGCUUUGGAACGAUGCAACCUGACAGAGACAUUCAGUUCCGAUACAGACUAAAAUAUUAAACUAAUGAAUUGUUUUCUGGGUUAAAGAGAGAGACA